GGUACUUUGCAGAGAGUGGAUUUUCUGACUAUCUGGUUUACAAGGAAGUAGAUGGGAAUUGGAUCCGAACAUUGUACAGAACAACUUUGCUGUAAGCAAGAUUAUUUUUUCAAUCUAAUUGCAAUUGACACUUUGAGAAGCAGUGGAGAAGUUGGAACUAUCAUUCGACUUGAUUAUACGUGGUGUUUCACUAUUUCAAGCAUCAUUGUAAUUGGAUUCAAGUGAUGAAUUAUCCGUCACUCAUUAGAACCUGGGUGGCCUUUGUGUUCAUCAUUGUACAGCAGCAAGCUCAGUCCAUGGAGAUUCUGUAUCCGUUCUGGCAGAACGAUACCAAAACGCCCAAAGUGGACGAUGGCAGCUCCUCGGAGAUUAAGCUGUCCAUUCCGCUGGUCUUCUUUGGAGUCCCGUACCGGAGCAUUUAUGUCAACAACAAUGGCGUGAUUUCUUUCAACGUGCUGGUCAGCCAGUUCACCCCAGAGCCUUUCCCCCUUGCCGAUGGCCGAGCCUUUAUUGCUCCAUUUUGGGCAGACGUCCACAAUGGAAUCCGAGGAGAGAUCUACUACCGGGAGAGCACGGACCCUGCCCUCCUGAAGAAAGUCUCCAAAGACAUCCGGAAAUACUUCAGAAACCUGUCCUCUUUCUCCGCCGUCUGGCUCUUCGUGGUCACCUGGGACGAGGUCACCUUCUAUGGAGGCAGCAGCACGACCCCCGUGAACACCUUUCAAGCGCUCCUGAUUUCAGAUGGGGUGUCCACGUUUGCGAUGUUUAAUUAUGAAGCAAUCACCUGGACCACUGGAACAGCAAGCGGGGGCGAUCCUUUAACUGGACUCGGUGGAGUGGUGGCCCAGGCAGGAUUCAAUGGUGGAAACAGCACCAAUUAUUUUAGCAUUCCAGGUUCCAGGACCCCAGAGAUAAUCAGUAUCGAAGACACAACUAAUGUAAAUGUCCCGGGACGCUGGGUAUUCAAAAUUGAUGGGAGAGAAAUUGACCCGGCCAAUGGCUGCAGCCUGAGAGGGCAGUUUCUCCACCCAGGGGAGAUAUUCUGGGACAACGCCAACUGCUCCACCAAGUGUCGUUGCCUGGACUUUAACAAUGAGAUCUUCUGCCAGGAGAUGGCUUGUGGCCCCUACGAAGUGUGUGAGCCGAAGGACAAGUUCUACCAGUGUGUGCCAGUGGAGAGCAGCACCUGCGUGGUGUUCGGAGACCCACACUACCACACCUUCGAUGGCUUCCUCUUUCACUUCCAGGGUUCCUGCGCCUACCUCCUCACCAGGCAGUGCUGGCCAGAAUCAAACCUGCCUUUCUUCAGCGUGGAGGCCAAGAAUGAGAACCGAGGGGGCUCCUCUGUCUCCUGGUUGAAGGAUAUCUCGGUGGAGGUUUAUUCUCACAAGAUUGUGAUCCCCAAAGGGAGCUUUGGGAAAGUGAAGGUGGACGACUUGGUGAUGUCCUUACCCCUCUCCCUGGAACUGGGAGCGAUAAAAAUCUACCAGAGCGGGUUGUCCACGGCGGUGGAGACUGAUUUUGGUGUCUUGGUGACCUAUGAUGGACAACACUAUGCCUCCAUCUCUGUCCCGGGCACCUACAUCAACGCCACCUGUGGCCUCUGUGGGAACUAUAACAAGGACCCUCAGGACGAUACCCUUCGCUCAGACGGGAGGCUGGCGGUGUCCGUGCUGGACCUGGGGGAGAGCUGGCGAGUGUACCACCCCGAGUGGAAAUGCUCCCCAGGCUGUUUAGACAACUGCAGCUUCUGUGACGCGGCAAUGGAGUCUCUCUAUUUCACGCCCGACUAUUGCGGCUUCAUCAACAAGACCAAUGGCCCCUUGUGGGAAUGCGGGGCCAUUGUGGACCCUACGGCCUUUGUCCACAGCUGUGUGUAUGACCUAUGCAGUAUCCGGGACAACGGCACCAGUCUCUGCCAGGCGAUCCAGGCUUACGCCUUGGUGUGCCAAGCCCUUGGGAUUCCAGUGGGAGACUGGCGAGCCCAGACAGGGUGUGCCACGGCUGUCCAGUGUCCAGAGUUCAGCCACUACUCGGUCUGCACCAGCAGCUGCCCGGCGACGUGUUCGGCUCUAACAGCUCCGCUGUCCUGCAGCUCCCCUUGCACCGAGGGCUGCGAGUGCAACGAAGGCUACGUCUUCAGCACGGACCAGUGCGUCCCCCUCCACCAGUGUGGCUGCGACGUGGACGGCCGGUACUAUGCCAUCGGAGAGUCUUUCUGGGCCACCGUGGACUGCACGGUGCGGUGCCGGUGCGAGGACGGGGCAGAGAUCAGCUGUGUGAACACCACCUGCCGGGAAGGAGAGGUGUGCGCGGUGGAGAACGGCUAUCGGGGCUGUUACCCCAAGCGGGAGAGCUUGUGCUUGGUGAGCCAGAACCAGGUGCUGCAGUCCUUCGACGGGGUGGCCUUCGUGUUCCCCCCAGAGCAUUCCUACACCCUGCUCAAAACCUGCUCUGACCGGCCGCACUUCCUGGAGGUCGACAUCAGCAAAAAGAAACCCGAAUCCAGCCCUAGCUGGCUACGACCCCUGAGGAUCCAGGUGGCCGGUCAGGAGGUCAAAGUUGGAGGCAGUAGCACAUCUGAUAUCAAAGUCAAUGGCUAUGACGUGGAGCUGCCGUUUUUCCUCCCCUCCGGCCAACUGGAAAUUUACCGCAGCAAGAACGGCACGGUGAUCGAGGCCGCGGGGCUGGUGAGUAUCCAGUACUCUACCCUGGGCGUGCUGCAGAUACGCCUCUCGACCACCUACUUCAACUGCACCGGCGGGCUGUGCGGCUUCUACAACGGGAACAAGAGCGACGAAUUCUGCUUCCCCAACGGCAAGUGCACGGACAACCUGGCGGUUUUCCUGCAGAGCUGGACCACCUUCGACGAGAUCUGCAACGGGGAGUGCGGGGACCUGCUCAAGGCCUGCCACAACGACUCAGAGCUCCUCAAGUCCUACAGGAGCCGCGCCAAGUGUGGCCUCAUCAACGACCCCACCAACAGCUCCUUCCUGGACUGCCACGGCGUGGUCAACGCCUCGGCCUACUACCGCACCUGCCUCUUCCGCCUGUGCCAGAGCGGGGGGAACCAGUCGGAGCUCUGCGACUCGGUGGCUCGUUACGCUAGCGCCUGUAAGAACGCUGAAGUGGAGGUCGGCCCAUGGAGGAGCUUCAACUUUUGCCCUCUCCAGUGCCCCGAGAACAGCCACUUCGAGGAGUGCAUGACCUGCAUGGAGACCUGCGAAGCCCUGGUCAUCGGCCCCGUCUGCGUGGACACCUGCACGGAGGGCUGCCAGUGCGACGAGGGCUUUGCCUUUCAAGGUGCCCAGUGCGUCCCCAGGAGCGAGUGUGGCUGCAGUUUUGAGGGGCACCAGCUUUUCACCAACCAAACCUUCUGGAUGGAUAUCGACUGCCAGUUCUUCUGCUACUGCAACGGGUCCGACAACAGCGUGCACUGCGAGAACAUCUCCUGCAAGGACGACGAAUACUGCCUGGAGGAAAACGGGCUCUACUCCUGCCAGCCCCGCACGGACGCCUCCUGCAUCGUCUCCGGCUACGGCCACUACUUGACCUUCGACGGGUUCUCGUUCGACUUUCAGAGCAGCUGCCCUCUGGUCCUUUGCACGACCAUCUCCAGGCAGCGGGUGGAGAGGUCGGAUACUUUCCCACUGUUCACUGUCACGGCCAAGAAUGAGGAUCGGGACCCGUCCCUGGCCCUGUGGGUGAAACAAGUUGAGGUGAACGUCUUCAAUUACAACAUAGUCAUCCAUCGGGCCUACAAGUACACCGUGCUGAUUAACAACGAGCGUCUGUACCUGCCCUUGAAGCUGGGCCAAGGGAAGGUGAACAUCUUCGCCUUCGGCUUCCACAUCGUGGUGGAGAGCGACUUCGGGCUGAAGGUGGUCUAUGACUGGAAGACCUUCCUCUCCAUCACCGUCCCACGGAGCCUCCAGAACAACACCUAUGGCCUCUGCGGCCGCUACAACGGCGAUCCCAGCGACGAGCUGGAGACGUCCGCCGGGCUGGCGGCCUCCAGCGUCAACGACUUCGGGCAGAGCUGGGUGAAGCGGGACACCUUCUGCCAGGUGGGCUGUGGAGACCGGUGUCCCACCUGCAGUAAGGUGGAAGGGUUCUGGAAACCCCAGCAGCUGUGCAGCCUGAUCCCCAGCAAGAGCAGCGUCUUCGGCAAGUGCCACAGUAAAGUCCACCCCGGCUUCUUCUACAAGAACUGCCUCUUCGACACCUGCAUCGAUGGGGGAGCUGUCCAAACCGCCUGCAGCUGGCUGCAGAAUUAUGCCAGCACCUGCCAGACCCAGGGAAUAGCCGUCACCGGCUGGAGGAACUUCACCUCAUGCUCUGUCAGCUGCCCCCCCAACAGUCACUACGAGAGCUGUGUGACUGUGUGCCAGCCCCGCUGCGCCGCCAUCCGGCUGAAAAGCGACUGUAACCAUUACUGCGUGGAAGGCUGCCAGUGCGAUUCUGGGUACGUCCUGAACGGCAAGAGCUGCAUCCUCCCCCACAACUGCGGCUGCUACUUAGAUGGCAAAUAUUACGAGCCCAAGCAGCUGUUCUGGAACAGCGACUGCACCCGGCGCUGCCGCUGCUUCCGCCGCAACCUCAUCCAGUGCGACCCCCGGCAGUGCAAGUCGGACGAGGAGUGUGCCCUCCGCAACGGCGUCCGCGGCUGGCUCAGCACCAAGAGCUCCUACUGCCUGGCGGCGGGCGGCGGGGUGUUCCGCACCUUCGACGGUGCCAUCCUCCACUUCCCGGCCAACUGCGCCUUCGUCCUCUCCACCAUCUGCCAGAAGCUCCCUGACUUCUCCUUCCAGCUCAUCAUCAACUUCGACAAGUGGUCGUCGCCCAACCUCACCGUCAUCUCCCCGGUGUAUUUCUACAUCAACGAGGAGCAGAUCCUCAUCAGCGACCGGAACACCAUCAAGGUGAAUGGCACCCAAGUGACCAUCCCCUUUGUCACUGGGCUGUCCACCAAAAUCUACAGCCUGGAGGGCUUCCUGGUGAUCGACACCAGCCCGGACAUCCAGAUCCUCUACAACGGCUUCAACGUCAUCAAAAUCAGCAUCAGCGAGCGGCUGCAGAACAAAGUGUGCGGCCUGUGCGGCAACUUCAACGGGGACCUGCGGGGGAAGCCGGUCGUCAGCAGCGUGGUGCUGGCCCAGAGCUGGAAAACCAACGGCAUGCAGAAGAGCUGCAACGAGCUUCAGUACUCCCAGUAUGCCGCCGCCUGCGACAACGUGCAGAUCCAGAAGCUGCAGAGCGAUGGCUACUGCCUCAAGCUGACGGACAUGAAAGGCUUCUUCCAGCCCUGCUACGGGCUGCUGGACCCCCUGCCCUUCUACGAGUCGUGCUUCCUCGACGGCUGCUACAACCAGAAGAAGUUCCAGCUCUGCGGCUCUCUCGCUGCCUACGGGGAGGCCUGCCGCUCCUUCGGGAUCCUCAGCACCGAGUGGAUCGAGAAGGAGAAUUGCUCAGGAGUGGUUGAAGAUCCCUGUGUGGGGGCCGACUGUCCCAACAGAAGCUGUGAACUUGACAAUGGAGGAGAAUUGUGUGGUUGUAUCGAACCUCCACCCUAUGGAAACAACACGCACGACAUCAUCGACGCAGAGGUGACGUGCAAGGCGGCACAGAUGGAAGUUUCCAUCUCCAAAUGCAAGCUCUUUCAACUUGGCUUUGAGAGAGAAGGCGUGCGCGUGAAUGACCGUCACUGCCCCGGCAUCGAAGGGGAAGACUUCAUCUCUUUCCAGAUCAACAACACCAAGGGGAACUGCGGAAACCUUGUGCAGUCCAAUGGCACUCACAUCGUGUAUAAAAACACUGUGUGGAUUGAAAGUGCAAAUAACACUGGAAACAUAAUCACCCGGGACAGAACUAUCAAUGUGGAAUUCUCGUGCGCGUAUGAGCUUGAUAUCAAAAUUUCUCUGGAUUCGGUAGUGAGGCCAAUGCUUAGUGUGAUUAACUUGACAGUCCCCACACAAGAAGGCAGUUUCAUAACCAAGAUGGCCUUGUACAAGAACUCAUCCUAUAAGCACCCUUACCGGCAGGGUGAAGUGGUUCUAACCACCCGGGACGUGCUUUAUGUCGGGGUCUUCGUUGUUGGGGCAGAUUCUACCCACCUCAUCCUAACGCUGAACAAAUGUUAUGCAACCCCUUCUCGGGACAGCAAUGACAAACUCAGAUACUUCAUCAUUGAAGGAGGCUGCCAAAAUAUUAAGGAUAAUACCAUUGGCAUUGAGGAGAAUGGGGUGUCCCUGACUUGUCGCUUUCACGUCACCGUCUUCAAGUUCAUCGGGGAUUACGACGAGGUUCAUCUCCACUGCGCCGUCUCCCUUUGUGACUCAGAAAAAUACUCCUGCAAAAUAAACUGCCCCCAGAAUUCCAGGAUGGCCGCUGAGUAUACCAAAGAGCCCAAGGAGCAGAUCAUCUCGGUAGGGCCCAUCCGGAGAAAGCGGCUAGACUGGUGUGAGGAUAACGGAGGCUGCGAGCAGAUCUGCACAAGCAGGGUUGAUGGGCCCUUGUGCAGCUGUGUCACCGGGACAUUGCAAGAAGAUGGCAAGAGCUGCAGAGCCUCCAGCUCUUCCGCUGAACCUCAGGCCUGGCUCAUUCUUCUCAUCGUAACCCAGCUGUCACUAUGGCGUUUUAUCUAUGAAUCAGACCCAACCUCGUAAUCAAUUCAAGGCUUCUAUUUAAAACCAUGAGCUGGUCACAGCAGGGACAUUUUCUGCUCCUGACCCCAUGGGGGUUCUGUUACUUACUGAAGAACACCCAGUCUGUCGAGGACGCAGUAUCAGUAAGAAACGUAAUUGAUCAGAGGCAAGCACUCGUCACAACGCCACUCUGCUUGUACUCAUCUCGUUCUCUCAAUUGCCAAACAGCCAUUAAAGCCCAUUGUAGCAAUGUGCCUAUGGAGAGGAAUGAAUUGUCUCCGAUGCAAUUUAAUGCCAAGAUGAUUGAAAGGUUUGACACGCUCUGAAAUCUUAAAUUUUUUUUAGCCCCAGUUGCUGUUCCUUUCCUCUAACAGUAUGCGUCUGCUGUCUGCAAAUAAUGAUCGCUUUGUACUAAAAAAGCAGCUUUUGGCCACUGGGUUUUCUUCUGGUUCACAUCUUGGUGAACCUUCCCCCUUCCUUUUUUUUAUUAUAUGAAUCAGCCAGGUAAUUUAAACAUGUUUUAUUCUUAAAUAAAUGUUGUGUUCAAAUAUUCUCAUU